AUGGUCAGAAGAAACAAGACAACUGUUGAUGAGUUCAUUCUCUUGGGAAUCACAGAUAUUUGGGAGCUGCAGGUUGUCUUUGUGCUGUUCCUUCUGAUCUGUGUCACCUCGUUGGUGGGGAAUCUCAGCAUGAUUGCAUUAAUCAGGCUUGACUCUUGACUCCACACUCCCAUGUACUUCUUCUUCUGCCACCUCUCUCUGGUAAACCUAAGUAAUUCCUCAGCAGUUGCUCCCAAAAUACUAGUGAGCUUCUUUGAAGAAAGGAAAGCCAUCUCUCUGCCAGGGUGUGCAGCCCAGAUGUACUUUUGUGGAGUCCGCAUAAUCAUCAGGUGUUACCUGCUGGCUGCGAUGGCCUAUGACCAGUACAUGGCCAUCUGUAACCCUCUGCUCUACGUGGCCACCAUGUCUCAAAAGGCUUGUGUCCAGCUGGCUGUGGGACCCUACAUAAUAGCUACUGUGAACGAAAUGGUGCUUGUCAGCUCAGUGUUCAGUUUACACUUCUGUGACCCUAAUGCUAUCAAUCAUUUCUUCUGUGACAUUCCCCCGCUCCUGAAACUUUCCUGUUCCAGUACUACUGUCAACGAACAUGUGGUUUUUACCAUUGCACUCAGCACUUUAGUAUUCAUUGUUGUCUCUUAUGGUUAUAUCCUUACCACUGUCCUGAGGACCCACUCCUCAGAGGGCGGGCACAAAGCUUUCUCCACCUGUGCCUCACAUUUGACAUCAGUCUCAAUUUUUUACGGGACUAUGAUCUUCAUGUACCUCCGCCCCAGUUCUAGCUACUCCCUGGACCAGGACAAAGUGGUGUCCAUUGUCUACGCCCUGGUGAUUCCCAUGCUGAACCCCCUGAUCUACAGCCCGAGGAACAUGGAGGUGAAGGACGCUCUCAAGAAACUUUUUCUAGAAAGAGUUCUUGUUUCCUUUAGAAAUCAAACUGGUAAAGAGGUGUCAUAA